AUGUGGAGGGCAUUCAAUGAAACAUUUUCAUCGUUGGCUCGAUUACUCAAUGCGACGAUUGUUUCAGCUACAUUUGGCCCGAGAAUUAUUAAAUCUACCAAUCCAGAAGAUAUUCAAUUUUAUGGUGAUCCUGAUCUUUAUCCGAAUCAAACCGAAGUCUAUCUACCAUUAACAAAAGAUAUUUAUAAUACGGUUCAUGUUUAUGCGCCAAAUGGUAGUCUAAUUGCCAGUCGGGAUAAAUAUCAUUUAACUUCAGAAGAGAUUGAAUUGUUACAACUAACACCAGGAAAACUCGAAGAGAAUCGUGUCAUUGAACCCAAUAAUUUAUGUAUCGCCAUCUGUUUGGAUGCUUUUUUCUUGGAUAUUUUAUCGUAUCUUGAUUCUCAAAACUGCACCAUACUCAUUCAACCUUCAUAUAAUUUUGGCAUGUGGGCGUCAAAUUUCUCCUCGGAAUCUUCAUUCUGGCAACCACUUGAUUGGACAAACGGUCCAUUAGCUCUGUUUGAAAAAACACGAAAUAUUCAAUUUUCUAUCAAUCCAAUGGUCACUGGAAAUCUAUUUAGUGAUAUGAUCGUUGAUGGACAAACGACAAUCAAUCAACGUCUAUCAAGGAAAACAAGACCACUAGAAAGUCACGAUUAUUUAUAUAUUGGUUUGGAUCUCGACGAUGUGCAGAAUAUCAGUGAAUUUCAAACAUUGGCAUUGGCCCAAUGGGCUCGAGAUGAUCCAAGUGGAGCCAAUUUAACGAAACAAGAAAGACGAGAGUUACUUCAUCAGUAUGCCCUGGAAUUGGCUCCUAAUUCAAAGUCAAAAUAUGAAAAUCAAUAUGUUGACACAGUCAUAUGGACUGAUGUGACACUCUAGAUAAUCUGUUUACCGGCAUCUAGGCUUUAUAGUAUUCCGGCUAAAAAAUAAAGACAUUCAAUUUCGAUUAUAUUAUUUCUCUGUCUCUUGAUAUAAAUAAAGGAAGAAGCAAAAGCAAAUAGAAGGAUGUGGGUGUGGGUGUAGCUGUCGCUCAAGAAAUGACGCAUCUACACUCACACUUACACCCUCGCUCACAAAAUUUGCUCCUUUUACUUUUUUAAUAAGUGUAUGCUAUAUUUUAUCGAAAUUGAUCAGCUUUCUGAGGCAGGAAUAGUGCGAACCAGAGUUGAACAACUGAAUCCAGAAAGGGUGUGGGUGUGGGUGUGUGGGUGUGGGUGGGGGUGGGGGGGGGG